CAGCGCAGGCGCCGCUGGGUCCUAACGCCUUCGUAUUGGUAGCCACGUCUCCCGGAAGAUGGAUCCGGUCGCCCUUCCUAGACCGAGGCCUGGCGGCGAUUGUCGGCCUUCGCCGUGACUCUCCCUCCUCGUCGUUUGGGGCCCGAUCUGGGCUCCUGGCUCUGGGAAUCUGGGCCAGGGACAAGGUCCAAAGUAAGGCAGAGAGGUAAGCAGAGGCCCAUAAGAGGAAGAGGAGGAGGAGAAGCAAAGAUCUGACCAGGAGGAGAGAGGGUGACUAUUUGAUGGUUGAGAUCCAUUGCAACACUCCACCUCCAACAUGUCUUGGUUUACUGAUUUGGCUGGAAAGGCAGAGGACCUUCUCAACCGGGUGGAUCAAGGCGCUGCCUCGGCAUUAAGCAAGAAAGAGAGCCCUGGCCCUGCAGCCUACAGCAAUAGCCACUUGAACGAAGUCAGUGACUACCCCAAAGUGCACCAACAGGCGAGAGAGCAGCAGCAGUUUCAGACAUCAUCUAAAUCAAGCUUUAUCUCCUCGGCAGCAGAUAACAUCAAGCAUCAGAAGGCAACCAUUUUGGCAGGAACUGCCAAUGUUAAGGUAGCAUCCAGAACGUCUGUGGAAGUCUCUCCUUCCGUAGAAGCAGUUUCAGUGGCCAGACCGUCUUCCCAGUUUGUGCGAAGGAAAAAGUCUGAACCCAAUGAUGAACUCUUGUUUGACUUUCUCAAUAGCUCUGAAAAAGAACCAAAUGGGAAAAAGGAUCUUAAAAUAGAGAAAAGCAGAGCAGCUGUUACUCAGAACCAUUCCCGGUCUUCCAGUGUCAGCUCUGUCUCGGCAAGUUCACAGAGCCUCAAAAUGGGAGAAGACGCUUCAGUUCCGAACCAAGGCAAUGAAACUCCUGAUAGUUCCAGUUCUGGCCUAGAGACAGAGGCAGAGGUUAAGAAAGAUUCCCUUCAAGGUGUGGAAGCUAAUCCCAGCCUUGCCACAAAUGACAACACAUCUCAUGAGUUGUCCAAUCUUCGCCUGGAGAAUCAACUUCUACGGAACGAAGUGCAAUCUUUAAAUCAAGAAAUGGCAUCAUUAAUUCAGAGAGCCAAAGAAACCCAAACAGAAUUAAGCAAUGCCCGAGCAAGGAUCGAAAAAUGGAACGCUGAUCAUUCAAAUAGCGACAGACUCGUACGGGAACUUCAGGCUCAAGCUGAUGAUCUGACAGAAGCUGCUGCUGCCAAAGAUUCCCAGUUGGCUGUCCUGAAAGUUAGGCUGCAGGAAGCUGAUCAGCUUCUCAACUCACGCAAUAAAGCACUGGAAGCACUACAGAGUGAAAAAUCACGAAUACUACAGGAUAACAGUGAAGGGACCAGUAUGCACAACCAAGCUCUUCAGACCCUUCAGGAGAGGUUACAUGAUGCAGAGUCUGCACUUCGAAGGGAGCAAGAAAGUUACAAACAGAUGCAGAAUGAAUUUGCUGCACGCCUCAGCAAAAUGGAAGCUGAACGUCAGAAUUUGGCUGAAGCCGUAACUGCAGCUGAGCGGAAAUUUGUGGAAGAAAAGCGGAAGGCAGAUGAAUUGCAGCAGCAAGCUAGAAUAGCCAAAGCCAACCUGGAGUCUGCUAAGCAAGAGCUGGUUGACUACAAACAAAAAGCCACGCGAAUACUCCAGUCCAAAGAAAAGUUGAUAAACAGCCUGAAAGAAGGCUCUGGAAUCGAAGGGCUUGAUAGCCAAACGGCAAGCAUCAUGGAGCUGGAGGAGCUGAGGCAUGAGCGGGAGACACAGAAGGAGGAGAUGCAAAAACUACGAGCGCAAAUCCAUCAGCUGAGAACAGAACUACAGGAUAUGGAAUCCCAGCAAAUAAGUGAAACCGAGUCCACAAGAGAGCAAAUUCAAGAUUUGCAGGAUCAAAUUGAAACCCACAAAACAGCUAAACAGGAAGUGGAAGCUGAACUAGAGAGACAGAAACAGGAGCUUCGCUAUACGGAAGAAGAACUGUACCGGACAAAGAAUACUCUCCAGAGUCGAAUAUCAGACAGAGAGGAAGAGAUUCAGAAACUGAGAAACCAGCUAACAAACAAAACAUUGGGCAGCAGCAGCCAAUCAGAGUUGGAGAAUCGGCUGCACCAGUUGACAGAGACACUAAUUCAGAAGCAGACCAUGCUGGAGAAUCUCAGCACAGAGAAAAACUCCUUAGUCUAUCAGCUGGAGCAGUUGGAGCAGCAGAUGAAGGCUGUCCAAGGCCCUUCGACAAAUGGCCCCACCAUUAACAUGGCAGGGAUUGAAAGCAGUGAAGGUACUCGUAUGCGCAAUGUUCCUGUCCUUUUUAGCGAUGUUGAUGUGAACGUAGCGGGAAUGUAUGCCAAAGUUCGCAGAGCGGCCAGCAGUAUAGAUCGGUUUAGCAUUCGACUUGGAAUCUUCCUACGGCGAUAUCCCAUUGCAAGAGUAUUUGUUAUUAUUUAUAUGGCAUUGCUUCACCUCUGGGUCAUGAUUGUCCUGCUUACCUACACCCCAGAAAUGCAUCCUGAUAAACCAACAGGGAAAUAAGACACAACUGUGGAACAGAGCACACCCAUAAGUUUACCGGAGCCUUCGCUGACAAUGACAACAAACACAGAAAGUGGCUGAUAAUGACUCAUUAGAAAGAAGAGCUUUUGGCAUUGGGUAACAGGACAGCUGCUACAUUUCUUCUGUUACUGACUUGGAUAAUUUAAAUUAUUCAACAGGCAAUCUGAGUUUAGUACCUUUCACUUCCAUGAAACAAAAACGGUUUCCUUGGGAAAAGGCCAUGGCCUCUACUCUGCCUUAGUUGCUCUCUUAGUGGUUCACACAAUAUGCACACAUCUGUAUAGAACAACACUGUUUUCGAGAGUACAAUAUCUAUCUAAUACAGCCUGUAUUUUUGAUUCUACAGGAAAUGGGCUAUAAUCAGGGAAGUUAAGCUGUACUUGGAAGUUGAAUCAAACAUGUGUUCCAACAUUUUCAGACUUUGUAAAUAUAUAAAUUCAACUUUUCUUUAACAUGUUCAUAUAUUGCAGGCCUUGUGGCUGCUUGAUAGAAUUAAUGACUUCCUCUGUAAAUAGCUUUAAAGAGAAAUAAAAAUAUAUUAUGCGUUGCCUUAA